UAAUUCCAUCACUCCCGGGAACUAAUUGCUAACAAUGUCCACAAAGGCUGUCGUCUAUUUUUCCUGCUCACUUCUUGUCUGUUUGUUAAGUGCACAUGUUGAAUGUGCCAACAGUACCACCACGAGAGUCCCUUUUAGACAUAGGAGCCGAUUGAGCAGAUUAUCUACAGUAAAAAUUCAAACAACUACUUCCACUUCGACGACAACAACAGAAAGUACUACCACAACAACCGAGCCUACGACAACGACUACAACUGAAGCCCCAAAGCCUUGGGAAAAAGUUUGUGGGGAGAAGAAUGGAGAAAUUUAUCCAUGGAUUGCCAUUCUAGAGCAUUCUCAUCCAACAAAUAAACACAAGAAGAGAACUCUAAGUAAAGGAGUGUUGAUUACUGAUCAAUUUGUUCUUACAACUGUGUCCAGCAUUCACAAUUCUCAUCCUUACUGGAUUGUCUCCAAAGUUCGAUUGGGGGAAUUUGUAGAUUCUCAUGGGAAGAAAAAUGUCUCUAAGCGGGUAUCAGUUGAAGUUGAUGAUAUUUUUCUGCACAAUCGUCGUGAUAUAGCAGUGAUCAAGUUGCAGAAACCAGUCAAUUUAACUAGCUUUGUACGUCCUGUUUGUCUGCCAAACUCUGAGAACUACAAUUUUCGAGAAAUGUACUUCCAUGUGUGCAGGAAGAGCAAUCAAGUAGGACGAUUGACCUACUCCUACCAGACAGUUCCAGUGAGUCCUCUAACACCUCAAGACUGUUCUACAUUGUUCCAUCGGAAAACUGCAGAGUUUUCCGUGAAGGAGGAAUUCUGUGCAUGGGAUGAACGUAGUGAUUCUUGCUAUGGUGACUUGGGAGGACCUCUGAUUGGACUCUACGACGGACGGUACCAGGUCAUUGGACUCAGUUCCUACGCACGUUCGCGGAAACCCAUUAAGGACGAUGGAUUGCCGGGGAUUUAUACAAGAGUUGGGGCUCAUCGUGAUUGGAUUGAUAAAAUAAUCUCCAAGACGUGAAUGAGGAAAUGAUGAAAUAUAUAAAACAUUUCUCAGGAAAUUCUUUUUAUACGAAAUAUGUAUGAAUGAAAUAAUUUUUUUUUACA